UUAGUAGUAAUAGGCGUCAGUUUUUUUUCCGAUCAAUUUUUAACAGAUAAUAGGGCGUGAAUCGGCGUUUAAUGUCGUUAGUGCAUUGAUGUGAUUGAAACAUAAGAUGUUGCUUCAAGUACAAACCACUGCUUGUUUAUUUGGACGUCCGCUUUUCCCCGGCAAAGCAGACACAACACACGAAUAUUGUAACGAGUAGCAGAAGGUGCUUUAGACUUAGCCCCAUAUUCAAGUGAGCACACAUUGUGCUAAUGAGUAAGAGGUUGGAGAUCUAAUUAUUCAGGGCUAAAUGUACGCAUGCAGCAGGAAAAUUGCAUUGAUUGCAGGGCAAUAGGCUAGGCUGUCGUGCAAGUUGAACACCUCAGGUUGCUCAGAACAUCGAAGCAUUAAUCGACAUCGACAGUUAUUAUCGCCGUUACUACUGUUCUAUAGGGAGUCAGACAUCAAAAUCAAGGACUUUCCAUAUUGUGCAUGUAGACGCCCACAAGCUAAAUGGCUCGUUACCAAUGUUGUUAAGCUUUUGUCGCAAUCAUAUGGUCUCUUGGAGGCUAAGAGAGAUUGCCCCUGUGUAUAUGGAAGUAUGUCAACAUUUUGUUUGCUUUCUUUCGCCCUGACUUGUGGCCGUGCCUGUAACCAGCAAGACGCGGGCGGCUACAGUUACAAGGAGAUAAGUUUCACUCUCAUACUAAGACAGAUCGUCGCGUUUAGUUCUGCGUUUUUCUCUUAAAGUGGGAGUCACGCGCACCUGAAGCAUGUCUCAUUGUUUUCGAAUUAUCAGCGAAUUCGCCUGGAUUCACUCCAAGAGGGCUACAAGUACCGCUUACCGCGGAUUCGCAAACCACCCAAAGAUCACCACUCACUACACCAUAUAUCCGCGUAACAAGGAUCCACGAUGGAAGGAUAUAAACAUGGAACGAGCUUCCGACGACGUCGAUGUCGUUAUCGUGGGCGGAGGACCUGCGGGACUUUCAUCUGCCAUCCGUCUUAAACAGAACGCAGCGAAAGCUGGAAAGGAACUUCGAGUAUGCGUUAUUGAGAAAGCAUCUCAGAUUGGUGGACAUACGCUUUCAGGAGCAUGCAUCGAGACCGGACCUUUGGCAGAGCUCUUUCCGAAUUGGAAAGAACUUGACACCCCGCUAAAGACGCCUGUCAAAGAAGAUUUCUUCUAUCUUUUGCGUAGCGCUUCUACUAAAAUUCGGAUUCCAAUUUUUCCGGGUUUACCUAUGAACAAUCAUGGAAACUACAUUGUUCGCUUGGGGAACGUGGUCUCAUGGCUUGGUGAGCAAGCUGAACAACUCGGCGUAGAGAUCUAUUCAGGAAUACCUGCAUCGGAAGUGCUUUACAACAAGAAGGGUCAGGUUCGAGGCGUGGCGACUGGCGACGUUGGCAUUGCGAAGGAUGGCUCACCGAAGGAUAACUUUGAACGUGGCAUGGAAUUAAACGCUCGCUGCACAAUUAUCGCGGAAGGCUGCCAUGGCCAUAUUUCUAAACAGCUCUACAGCAAAUUCAACCUUCGAAUGACCUGUGAACCCCAAACAUAUGGUAUUGGCCUAAAGGAGCUCUGGGAAAUCGAUCCACAGCAGCAUCAUCCCGGCCGAGUGAUUCACUCUGUAGGUUGGCCGCUAGAUAGAGCAACAUAUGGAGGUGCUUUCAUGUAUCACAUUGACGAAGGACCUCUGGUUGCAAUAGGACUGGUUGUGGGUUUGGAUUACAGGAAUCCGUACAUCUCUCCAUAUAGAGAAUUUCAACGAAUGAAGCAUCAUCCAGUAUUCGCUGAAACCCUUAAAGGCGGAUCUCGUAUUGCUUAUGGCGCUCGCGCUCUAAACGAAGGUGGCUUUCAAUGCAUUCCCAAACUCUAUUUCCCCGGAGGAUGUCUAAUUGGUUGCUCACCAGGCUUCAUGAAUGUGCCCAAAAUUAAGGGUACACAUAAUGCGAUGAAAAGUGGCAUUAUUGCAGCUGACUCAAUUACAGAAAAAUUGUUCGCGUCAGAUUCGGAGAUUGUUACUCCGGAGAACUACGAAGAAGCGAUAAAAAGCAGCUCCAUAUAUAAAGAGUUGAAGUCAGUGCGCAACAUCCGACCGUCUUUCCAUAGUCCACUUGGCCUAUACGGCACAAUGAUCUAUACGGGUAUAUUCUACUGGCUUGGUAGGGGCAUCGAGCCAUGGACAUUAAAACAUGGAGGCAAGGAUAGCGAACGUUUGAAGCCAGCUAAAGAGUGUACGCCGAUCGAGUACCCGAAACCAGACGGAGUACUCUCGUUUGAUUUACUUUCUUCAGUAGCGUUGACUGGCACGAAUCACGAAGACAAUCAACCAGCACAUUUGACGCUUAAGGACGACACUGUUCCGGUUGAAAGAAAUCUCAAAAUCUUUGACGGGCCCGAGCAGAGGUUUUGCCCUGCCGGCGUUUACGAGUUUGUCCCGUUGGAGGAUGGCAAUAUGAGACUGCAGAUUAAUGCGCAGAAUUGCAUCCAUUGCAAGACAUGCGACAUCAAAGAUCCAUCGCAAAACAUCAACUGGGUUGCGCCGGAGGGUCCAGGAGGGCCCGCCUAUUCCGGCAUGUAAACAGAUCGGGAUUUUUCCAGUCUAUCGAUAGACUGCUACGAUCAUUCGCACGCUACUAUUAUAUGCUGAUGUCACAAAUACAUUCAAGGAAAACCUAACUAUAGGGUUUUCUAUCCAUAGGGCAAG